GACUAAUUCACCAUGACUAAACGAGGGAGCCAAGAAAUUUCUCCUGGAAACCUUCUCAAAACGCCUCAUCCCCCCACCUUAGCGAGCAUCGCGGCAUCAUGACUGCCUGUUUCUUUCUCUGUUAUUUACCACUUGCGCGAGUUGGUAAUUUGGUAUCGAAUUAACGUGCGCUGAUAUGAACAUCUGAUCCAUCCUGUUGCGACCAUAGAGGAUGUGGCUUGCAGAGGUUCCCUCUCAUGACCGUAUCGGAGAUGACAAGAUGCUAUGCUUGACUUCCAUCCUUGCUUCCAUCUCAAAUGAUGAAAGACUCAUGCGAGGUUGCAAUCUGCUCAUUUGAGCAUCUAUAAUUCUAGGGAGACCGCUCUUCUUCGAUUUGACUUGGAAAGUGGCACAGUCACCCAUUCAGGAACACCAAAUCGACUUCAUUUACCGAGACCUGACGAUGGACAUGCCCAGCACGACGUCCCAUUCUCAUGGCACCGAGCCCAUGCCUGUUGUCUUUCACACCAAGAUGGCCACUGCGCUGUUCUCAGAAUCAUGGACACCGCGAACGCCUGGACAGUACGCGGGUACUUGCCUCGCCCUCAUCGUCUUUACUAUCAUUCUACGUACUUUGAUCGCCUUCAAACCCGUGUUGGAAGCGACAGUCUGGGCAGGCGAACAUGGAAAGAGCCACUUGAGAAUCGACGAGGAUUUCGCGCCAAAAGAAAAGUCAUCUGCUCCUACACCAUGUUCAAUUUUUCAUAGAGUUGCGCAAUGUGCCUACGAGGUUGUCAUUGCCCUUCUCGGGUAUCUCUUAAUGCUGGCAGUAAUGUCGAUGAAUCUAGGAUAUUUCUUGUCCAUCCUUCUUGGUGUUUUCGUCGGAACGCUUUGCUUGGGCGGCAUUGCCCGCAGCACAACAUUUGAUCAUUGCUCUUAAUACGUUGAUAUGAAGCUGGGAAUUAUUUUCCAAGGGUUCUUCUUCUGGUCUUCAAGUUUGUAACAGUCUGGCUAUUCUCGCGCGGUAUAAUUAGCCAUUACAUGCGGGAGGCUCUCUGGGGCAGGAAUACUUAGCUGUGGUUACUGAGAGCUCCAAGCGGUCGUCUGUGUUGUCACGCAUCUGGUGAUUAUGGCCGUUACAUCACAAAAGUCGUGGACCAACUAUCCGUAUCACUGACAAUGCGUCUGUCUCCAUUACCACCUCGGACAGAGAUCACGCCGAGUCUAGCUAAAUGCGCUCUAGUUGAAUAUACCCUGUCUUACCUGUUCAACAUGCCCCGCCAAUCCUUCUCAGGUCUCUGCCCCUCCACCCCUCUAA